CGAAAAAAAAGACAGACUAGCUAGCGCCCUACCGUCUCUUCUUUGCCUCACCUCUCUUUCCGGCUUCAUUUUUCUUCCGUUCCGAUUUCCCACGCUUCCCUGAGCUUCUUCGCGGCAGUAGCGAGUUUGCAUUUAAUCCGGCGCCGGCGGAAGGGAUAAAGAAACGCCCGACGGAUACCUUGACCAGAAAACAAUCUGCUGCUGUCUUGCUCGGCGGUGAAAUCUUUGCGCCGACUCGCUGCUCUCUUGAUCUGCAGCUCAGUAAGUUUUUAGCGUGUGUUUGACGGCGACAGCUAUCGUGGUGAGCUGAGCACACUAUUAUCCAUGGCGCUGUCGUCUGCUGAUUUGCCUGCGAUAUAUUCGCUGCUGGCGAAUUCAAUGAGCGGAGACGAGAGCGUGCGGAAGCCAGCGGAGGCGGCGCUCUCUCAGUCCGAGAACCGGCCUGGAUUCUGCUCGUGUUUGAUGGAAGUGAUUACCGCAAAGGAUUUAGUGUCGCAGGUUGACGUUCGGUUGAUGGCUACAGUUUAUUUCAAAAAUAGCAUCAAUCGUUACUGGAGAAGCAGGCGUGAUUCGGGAAUAAGCAUUGAAGAGAAAACUCACUUGAGGCAGAAGCUCUUGUCACAUUUGAGAGAGGAAGACUAUAAGAUAGCUAUGAUGUUGGCUGUGCUUAUUUCAAAAAUUGCUCGCAUUGACUAUCCCAAGGAUUGGCCAGAGUUCUUUUCUACUUUGGCGAACCAGCUUCAAUCAGCUGAUGUUCUCACUUCGCACCGCAUUUUUAUGAUUCUCUUCCGGACUUUGAAGGAGUUGUCGACGAAACGUCUAUCUGCUGAUCAAAAGAAUUACGCUGAGAUAACAGCCCAUUUCUUUGACUAUUGCUGGCAUCUUUGGCAAAGUGACGUCAGGACUAUACUACAUGGUUUCUCGGCCCUCGCUCAAAACUUUGAUCCAAAUGCUCUUGAGCAGCGUCAAGAUGAACUUUAUCUGAUCAGUGAGAGAUGGCUGUUUUGUUUAAAGGUCAUACGGCAGUUGAUAUUAUCAGGGUUUCCAAGUGAUGCAAAGGCGGUACAGGAGGUCAGACCUGUAAAGGAGGUCUCGCCUGUGCUCUUGAAUGCAAUUCAAUCAUUGCUUCCAUAUUAUUCAUCUUUCCUGAAGGGACGUGGAAAUUUUUUGGAUUUUGUGAAGCGAGCAUGUACUAAAUUGAUGAAGGUCUUGGUUAUGAUUCAGAAUCGGCAUCCUUAUACAUUUAGUGAUAAAUCUGUCCUUCCACCGGUUUUGGAUUUCUGUUUAAACAAGAUAACUGAGCCUGAUCCGGAGCUCUUGUCCUUUGAGCAAUUUCUGAUUCAAUGUAUGGUAAUGGUGAAGCGUGUGCUUGAAUGUAAAGAAUAUAAGCCGAGUCUUACUGGCCGUGUAAUGGAUGAAAGUGUCAUUACACUAGAGCAGACGAAGAAAAAUAUGUCUAAUGUAGUCGGUGGUGUUCUCACUUCGCUUCUUCCAAAUGAACGCAUAAUACUCUUGUGCAAUGUGUUGAUAAGAAGGUAUUUUGUUCUAACAGCAAGUGACCUGGAAGAAUGGUCUGAGAAUCCAGAAUCUUUUCAUCAUGAGCAGGACAUGGUUCAGUGGACUGAGAAACUAAGGCCCUGUGCCGAAGCUCUGUACAUUGUACUGUUUGAAAACUAUAGCCAGCUUUUGGCUCCAGUUGUGGUUUCCAUCCUUAAGGAAGCCAUGAGUGGUUGCCCUGCAUCGGCUAUAGAGAUCACACCAGGCUUGCUUUUGAAAGAGGCUGCUUAUGGGGCUGCUGCAUAUGUGUACUAUGAGCUUUCAAACUACCUAAGCUUUAAAGAUUGGUUUAAUGGUGCCUUGUCUGUUGAACUGUCUAAUGAUCAUCAUAAUAUGCUUAUCAUCCACCGCAAGAUUGCCCUGGUACUGGGACAAUGGGUUUCUGAGAUUAAGGAUGACACAAAACGACCUGUGUAUUGUGGAUUAAUCAGAUUGCUGCAAGCCAAAGACCUGUCGGUCAAACUAGCAGCUUGUCGGUCUUUGUGUUCACAUAUCGAAGAUGCCAACUUCUCUGAGCAUGAAUAUCUGGAUCUCCUUCCUGUUUGCUGGGACUCCUGUUUUAAGUUGUUUGCUGAGGUUCAAGAAUUAGACUCGAAGGUUCAGGUUUUGAAUCUGAUCUCCAUUCUCAUUGCACAUGUCAUUGAAAUCAUUCCGUAUGCAAACCAGUUGGUGCAGUUUUUUCAGAAGGUUUGGGUAGAAUCUUCUGGUGAGAGUCUACUGCAAAUGCAGCUUCUCGUUGCUCUGAGGAAUUUUCUGGUUGCACUGGGUUAUCAAUCACCAAAUUGCUACAGCAUACUUCUACCUAUUUUGCAAAGAGGACUUGAUAUAAAUAGCCCAGAUGAACUCCUGGAGGACAGUAUGCUGUUGUGGGAAGCAACACUUUCUCAUGCUCCUGGAAUGGUACCUCAACUGUUAACAUAUUUCCCUUAUUUAGUGGAUAUCCUGGAAAGAAGUUUUGAUCACUUGGAGGUGGCUGUAAAUAUCAUUGAGGAUUAUGUGAUAUUAGGUGGAACAGAAUUUCUGAACAUGCAUGCUGCUGCUGUUGCAAAACUUCUUGAUCUGAUAGUUGGAAAUGUCAACAACAGAGGGAUGCGUUCUAUUCUUCCUGUGAUUGAUAUGUUAAUCCAGUGUUUCCCCUUGGAAGUGCCUCCACUUAUCAACAGUACCUUACAAAAACUUAUCGUGAUCUGUUUGAGUGGGGGAGACGACUAUGAUCCUUCCAAAACAGCAGUUAAAGCAUCUUCAUCUGCAAUCUUAGCUAGAAUAUUGGUAAUGAACACCAACUAUCUUGCCCAGUUGACGGCAGAACCAUCACUUACAUCACUCCUCCAGCAAGCAGGCAUACCAGUUGAGGACAAUAUACUUUUAUCACUUGUUGACAUUUGGCUUGACAAGGUUGACAACACAUCUUCCAAUCAAAGAAAAACACUCGGCCUUGCCCUUUCAAUAAUUUUGACUCUAAGGCUGCCGCAGGUCCUUGAUAAGCUUGAUCUUAUCCUCAGUGUGUGCACAAGCAUUAUACUGGGAGUUACUGAUGAAUCGGCCGACGAAGAUUCCAGUCAAAAGCUGAUAUACAACUUGUAUUUAUUUAUGGACCACAGUAGCGAUAAUAUGAGUUCCAGCAGAUCUCACGAAGAUGGUACUAUUGUGAGUAAAGAACUCCGAAAGAGACAGAUUAAGUUUUCAGACCCCAUCAACCAGUUGUCAUUAGAGAAUCUAGUGCGAGAGAACCUUAAAACAUGUGGUGCAGUACACGGGGAAGCCUUCAAUGCAGCUAUUAGUAGAAUGCAUCCCUCUGCGUUUGCUCAAUUGAAGCAGGCUCUGAAGAUGCCAUAACCAAGUGCUGAUACUAUGCCCUUCUCGACUGAAGCAACUAUUCUUGCUCGUUGGUCCUAACAUUCAUUCCACUAUUCUUGGAUAGGUGAUAUGAUACUUCUGAGAGUUGGUUUUGGCGAAUUUUUUUUUGGCGUGGAUGCAAUUCUUUUCGGGUGAAUUGGUUUUGGAGUGAGGGAUUAUUGAUGGGUUGCGUGCGUAGAAGUUUAGAAUAUGCAAUUGAGUUGCUUCUUGAGCCCUAAUUCUGACGGUUUUAAGAUAUUACGGGCUGUUGGUUGGUUUCUUUGUUUUAAGAUACACGAGUUGUGGAUCCAUUCAGGGAUAUGCAAAAGUUGAUGGGAACGCGGGUAAUCGGUGGUGCGAUUUUUAUGUACGGUAUGUUUGUUGGUUUCUUUGACAGUAACAAAGUCGAUGGUUAGGGUUUUUUCAUUGUUCAGGCCAGUGGGCGGUCCAUGUUGUCGUAUUGUCGCUUGGAGGUGAAAUCGUUUCCUCUGGUAUACUUCCUUAUGUCCCUUCUCUGUUGCCUAGACUUUUUUAUCCGGAUGGAAAAUCUCAAGAGUUGCGCCUUAAUUUGUUUAUCAAAGCACUAGUUGCGAUAACUAUCUUUUGCUGUAUUAGACUAAUAUAAUAUUCUUAUUGGUUGAUGAUGCCUGAUUAUGCAUGUUUGGUUGUUUCGUUGCCACCUGGUUGCCCUAUAUUUCCGCACAUAUUAAAUCGUUUCAUUCAAGUUCUGCCUAUUGUAAGAGAUAAAGUGAAUAUGAACUCUGCAGUGUUCAUUCGAUCAGUGGCCUCCUCUUGUUCUGUUGUAGUCUGGUGACCCACAAAUGUCUGUUGCCAUCUUGGUCUAAGUUGAGGCGAUGAAAAUUUAGCAACUAUAGUUACCUUUCUGCUCUGUCCUUUUCUGGAUGGAGUCCUAGAUGGGAGCUUUGGAAUGGUUAAUAGAAACCAAGUACAUGCAUGGAUUGGAGGCCAUGUUUGAGAAAGAAAGUUGUCCCGCAAGUUGUGUCCCAUUUUUCCUAUAAUUGAAGUUGUCCCUAACCAUUCCAGCUUCCCUUCUUCUCUAUCAUAUUCAGUGAAUGCCUUAACUAGAGUCCUAGAUGGGAACUUUGGAAUGAUUAGAUACAGGCUGAGAAAGUACAUGGAUUGGUGGCCAUGUUUGAGUAACAAUGUUGUAUGUCCGAAAUGCCAGCAAUUAUUUAAUCAUUCCAGUUGCCCUUCUGCUCUAGUUGUGUCCUAUUUUUCCUAUAAUUGAAUUUGUCCCUAACCAUCCCAGCU